AUGGCUUACAUACUUCUAUAUGUGGAUGAUAUCAUCCCCACUGCUUCUUCUAGUACUCUUCGCAAGUCUAUCAUGACACUUCUCAACUCUGAAUUUUCUAUAAAAGAUUUGGGUCCAAUGAGUUACUUCUUGGGUAUAGCAGUCACUCGACAUGCAGGUGGUCUAUUUUUGUCUCAGAAAAAGUAUGCAGAAGAAAUUAUUGAGCGUGUUGACAUGUCCUCAUGUAAUUCUUGUCCUACUCCGGUUGAUACUAAACCAAAACUCAGUGCUAAAACUAACACUCCAUAUGAGGAUCCCUCUCACUACCACAGCCUUGCAGGAGCUCUUCAAUAUCUCACAUUCACGAGACCUGGCAUUUCUUAUGCGGUGCAACAAAUCUGCCUAUUUAUGCAUAAUCCAAUGGAUGAACAUAUGCAUGCUCUCAAGCGCAUCCUACGCUACAUUAAAGGAACACUUCAUCAUGGACUGCAUCUAUAUCCUUCUUCGAUAUCAUCUCUGAUUCAAUAUACAGAUGCAGAUUGGGAUGGGUGUCCAGAUACCAGGCAGUCCACUUCUGGUUACUAUGUGUUUCUUGGUGAUAACUUACUUUCCUGGUCCUCUAAACACCAAGCCACAUUACCUCUCUCCAGUGCUGAAGCUGAAUACUCAGGCGUUGCCAAUGUGGUUUCUGAGUCAUGUUGGUUGCGUAAUCUUCUUCUGGAGCUACAAUUUCCUAUCCAUAAGGCUACAUUGGUUUACUGA